CACGUCAUUCGUUGCGGCGCAGCAUAUCGCCCCCCCAAUCAACACGAGUUUCAGAAAAUGCGGGCUUUACCAAGGCGGAAAUUUCUGACGUUUGGUAGUUUAUCGUUUCUCAUUCCCCAUCCAGAAACUUCUACAGGUGUGCAAUUAUACUGGAAAUAUAAUCUGGGCAGAUGAUUAUGCAUCAGCAUGAUCCUGAUGUGGUUCGUUGGGGCCUCCAUCUUCUAGAUGGUUGUCAUCUGUCAGAUAAUGGUUCUCCGCCUAGUACUCUUCACUAUGAAAGGGAUCUCUAUCAAGUUCAGUAUGUCCAUGAAGGUUUUAAUGAAAGAAAUGAUGGCGGUGUGGAGAACGACGAGAUAAUUGCACGUGCAUAUCAGGAAGAACUAGAGCGUGUUGCUGAGACUGAAUCAUUUGGAUCUUCAAAAGCUGAUGAUGAACACUUACAAGUGUCUGUUCUCAGUCAAGAUUGGCAUGGUUCUUCAAGAAGAUAUUCAGAUGAAGGUCAUCCAUCAUCUAACAUGGAAAACUAUUCAUCGUAUUCACCCGAGAUUGAGAACGAGUCUUCUCUAGAUGGUGAAGUAGGCAAGAGGCUGAACCAGAUGGUUCCUAUUCCUCAUGUACCUAAAGUUAAUGGAGCCAUACCUUCAACAGAUGAAGAAAUGUCUGACCAUCAAAGAUUGCUUGAGAGAUUGGAUUUGUAUGAAUUGAUUGAGCUAAAGGUUGAAGGAGAUGGUAACUGUCAGUUCCGUGCUUUGUCAGAUCAGAUCUAUCGUACUGCUGACCACCAUAAAACUGUUCGGCAACAAAUAGUUGACCAGCUGAAAUAUCAGGGGGAACUAUAUGAAGGUUAUGUUCCAAUGACUUAUGAUGAGUAUGUAAAGAAAAUUAGCAUGAGUGGUGAGUGGGGUGAUCAUGUCACGUUACAAGCUGCUUCCGAUGUGUAUGGUGUGAAGAUAUUUGUCCUCACGUCUUUCAAGGAUACUUGUUACAUUGAGAUUCUUCCACGCAUUCAGAAGUCAAAAAGAAUUAUUUUCUUGAGCUUUUGGGCGGAGGUCCAUUAUAACUCUAUCUACCCAGAAGGAGAAUUGCCCACGAUUGAGACGAAGAAGAAGAGCUGGUGGCCGUUUUCAAGUUAGUUUUAGUUGGUGCAGCAAAAGCAAGAGAAAGUGAAGAAGGCCAGUCUUGAUUAUUACAUACAACAUCUCUAUUCUUUUAUCAUAUUUUCCCUUCAUCAUUAUUAUUACAUUAAUGUUCUAAUUGUAGUACAAGUUUUUAUUUAUUUCUUUUUUAAAUUAUUCUUUUGUUAAUUAUGUCAACAUGGUUUGGAGAUUUUGUAAAGCACACUUAGACUGUCUGCUUUCUUUCAUGUACAUUAAUAUUAGGGCUAACUUGGGCAGUUCUUUUCCACUUGUAAUGUUAAAAAGUAUGGAUGUAUCAUA